CACUUUUAUUGUAUCCGAUACUUUCCAAGCAGAAUAUUUGAUCCAGCCUUAUGAAGUCGGAGUUUAGUAGAUGUUUAAAUUGCAACGAUUUAGGUCGGGUUUAGGUCAGAGAGAGCAGGAUGUGUCGGUGUCAAGGUCAAUCAGAUAACAAUAAGGACCUUGAUGUUAUGAAAAUACAUGCACUCCUGGAAGAGGAGCCAAGGGGCUCAUACAAAGUCAACUAUAUAAUUACUGAAGGGGGAAGAAUAACAGAGCUGCAGUACGAUAAUAAGUUCACCAUAAACUUGGGGGAAUUCAAGUUACUGAAGAAGUACAGGGUCUAUGACGAGAAGAUGUCGUUACCUUAUCAUGCCCUGUGCUUCGAAUCAGCUCCAUUCCCCCUCACCAGUUUCGAGGAGGCUAUAGGUAUGUUCAAAAAUCCUCCGGUGGUAGCCAUAAACUCCAUCACCAAUCUGCAUCAAAGGAUAUCUAUAAGAGGGGAAAUAACCAGAAUUCCAUUGGAGCUGGAACCUGCAGAGGGUGCAGAAAACCCCUACAGGGGGUUGAGGCUGACAAACCCCUUAAUGAGGCCUCGCUCCAUCAAGGUUAAGUUGUGGAGGGAGAAGGCCUCCAUGACUAACGGGUUCUCUGUUGGAGACAAGAUUGUGGUAAAAAAUCUGAAGGUCAUGGAGUUCAGGGGGUCAAUCUUCCUGAACUCCAUGUCCGACACCAACAUAAUGAAUGACACAGAAUUCCAGGAAACGGUCGAAGGGUUGGUCAUUGGAGCAUCCUUCAUAAGAGAUGAACUGUCCAUAUAUAUAGAAGAUUUUGGAAUGGUAUCCGCAUCCAAUGAACAAGUGGGCAACAUAUUUCCAACCAAUGCCUUUGAGGAAGGAAUCCUCCUCCGCUGUGCAGUCAACAACGGGGAACUAACCUACAUUAUAUCAAAAGAACUGCAGGCAGCUGCUACCACAAAUUAGCGACAGACAGUACAGUACACCCAUGGAAUAGGAACACCCAUGGAAUAGGAAUGAACAAUAUUCAAAGAUAAUAUUCAAAGACAUUAUAAUAAAUAUGUACAUCUUA